GAUAGAGAGAGCGCACUGUUUCUGGUGUUGGAGAAGUACAUCACUGUGUGUGCAGAAAAGCUGAGUGAGUUUCUGGGAUCCAGACAGACUCUUGCAUCUUUCAUCCAGCCACUGACGUUUCUGGAUUCUGAGUCAUGGGGAAAGCAAAAGAAUUGUCAACGGAUCUACGGGAAAAGAAUGAUGGAGGUCUCCACGAGGAGGAUGCGAAAUCUGGAGCCAGCAAGGCCACUGCGCAGACUAAAUAGUAAUCAAGUGGUCCAGACACAUGUAGUGGCUGAGCCUGUGGAGAAGCCAGCAGAAAGAUCACUAAACAUGAUAAAAGUGGAGGAUUUUUUUGAAAUUCUCAAGCUGCACAGCCAAAGUCAAGCACCUGCCAAACGAGAGAGAAUAUCAUACAGCAGAGACUUCUUGCUCAAGUUGGCAAAGACACCAAUGGCAAAGAAAAAACCUGACUUUCUACCAGAUCACCCAGUAAUUCUGGACAAAGGGAGGGAACUAGACACACACAAGUUGUAUGGAAACACCUGCGCUAAAUGGGACAUGUUGCCUGAAUAAUGAUUCCUCUCGAUGUUGGAGUUUCAACAGAUUGUCCCAUCUUUAACAUGUAAUAAUAGAAAGCUAAGAAACAAUGAGAAUUUCUGCUCUGAAAAACUUUACAGUACUGUUUGUCAUUGAACUUGAACCAUUUUCACGAAUACAGAGCCUUGACAGGGCCUUUGGAUAAGUUUCCAUUUUGAUCUUUGACAUUACUUAAUUUGGGCAUUUAGACCACAUCCAGCAGUUUCCAGUGUGUGUGUGUGGGUUGUUUCUAAUUCUUACUUAUUAAUGAACACUGCAAUACUUUGUGUGACUUUUUUUUUUUGAAGUGGAAUACUAACAGAGUUUUGAAUUUAACAAUGUAGAAUCGAGUUGUGCUGCACUUUGUCCCUCAGGAGACUGUAUGCCCGGGGUCUACAAUAUGCAAAGUUUACAUGAUUCCAGAUCAGACGAAAUUUUCUGCACAUAUUUAUUUGCCAAACGGGCCUUGCUGCUUGUAGGUCAGUGUGCCUAACUUUAAAUAUAGGGGAAUAAAGGGGUCUGAGUUCUGUGCAAGCAUUUUGAGGUGUCAUUUUCAACAUGCUACUUUUUCAGUCAACAAAGUCAAAGCAUGCGCUCAUUUUACUUUUUUGUUUAAAAUGUAUUUAAA